AACUUCUCUGUAUCAUUCUUCACUCAAUGCCCAUAAUCCUUCUAAACCAAGGCUUCUUAAUGAUUCUAAAAAGAACCCAUCUUUACAAUGAAUUCAUGACUAGAGUUAUGCUUAUGGAAUUCCCAAAAAUCAUUAAGCACUGAUCAAAUGUUUAGAAUUGAGAACUGUACCUCUGUUUUUGACAACAUACCCCAAUUAAUUUGGUAUAAUAAUAUAUAGACACGUGUAGACUUUCUUAUUUUUCCUUUUAUUCGGAGGCUUAAAAAAUUGUUGUGAUUUGGCUUGUAUAUUCCGUUGAAUCCAGAAAGUUCGUUAAAUGAGUGAUUGUGUGACUCCUAAAGUUUUGAAAGGAAAUUUUCUGUCUCAUAAACUCUGUUGAAACGAUUAUAAUAAUGUGUUCUUGGCUUUGAGCCAUUCCAUGAUUGCUCUCAUUUCUUGGGGUCCAUUUUCUUUUCUUGGUUUAUAAUUAUAUCUCAUAUUUCUUUAAAUUCUGUGCUCCCCAAAGGGUUACUGUUGCACCAUUUUUUUUAAAUUUAUAAUUUAAUCUAUUUCCUUGGUUGUGGAUUGUCCACUAAGAAUCUUAGCAAAGCUUUAUCUCCAAUGGAUUGGAUCACCUCUAUGAUUGUCUUCCUUUCUGAUGCUUUAGCUUCUUUUAGUGCUAAUCCGAGUUAACAAGAGCAUAUUAUAAAAUUAGAAAAGCCGUCAACAUUUGUAGGUUUUCUGCCUGAAAUGGAGUACGAGGGCCGCUUCAGACAGAACCAGAGAUCAAAAUAUGAUUGCCUUCUUUUUGAUUUAGAUGAUACUUUGUAUCCACUAAGCUCUGGUAUUGCAAAAGCAUGUGGCCAAAAUAUUAAAGACUAUAUGGUGGAAAAGCUUGGCAUAGAGAGAAGCAAAAUUAAUGACUUGUCCAACCUCCUCUACAAGAACUAUGGAACGACCAUGGCUGGAUUAAGGGCAAUUGGAUACGACUUUGACUAUGAUGAAUACCACAGUUUUGUUCAUGGGAGAUUACCUUAUGAGAAUUUGAAACCAGACCCGGUUCUGAGGAACCUCUUGAUGAGUCUUCCAUAUAAGAAACUGAUCUUCACAAACUCAGACAAGGUACAUGCAGUGAAGGCACUUAGCAGGCUUGGAUUGGAAGACUGCUUUGAAGGAAUCAUAUGCUUUGAGACCCUUAAUCCCAUCCACAAAAGCACUGUCUCUGAUGAUGAAGAUGACAUUGAGUUUGUGGGAACCAAUCCAACCACAAAAAAAGAAGCUAGUACCUUUCAAAUCUUUGACAUCAUUACCCAUUUUGCUCAACCCAAUCCCAACACAGUUUUGCCAAAGACACCAAUUAUUUGCAAACCAUCAGAAAAUGCUAUUGAGUUGGCUCUCAAGAUUGCCAACCUUAACCCACAAAGAACUUUGUUCUUUGAAGAUAGUGUCCGCAACAUACAAGCUGGAAAACGUGUGGGUCUUCACACUGUGCUGGUUGGAACAUCUCAGAGAAUUAAAGGAGCAGAUUAUGCAUUGGAAAGCAUCCACAACCUUAGGGAGGCAGUGCCUGAAUUAUGGGAAGAUGUCAUAAAAUCAGAAGUUGCUUAUCCUGGCAAGAUUGCUGUGGAGACUUCUGUGACUGCUUAAAUCAUUAAUUUUUUUAAAAAAAAAAGAAAAAAAGAAAAAAAAAGAGAUGCCCUUUGUGAAUUUCCCCAAGAUGGGAUGUAGUAACUGUAGUUGAUGUAGAUGCUUUAAUCAUGGUAUAAUAAAUUAAUAUAUUUAGUUGA